GGCACCGCAGGCUGGAUCCUAUCCUACCUCUUCACAGUCUGGAUCCAACUUGCAGGUUGCUGACCUCUGAUCUAGAGGCAGCAAGAGUUGGAUGUGCCUGUUCUGCAUGUGGAGUUAAGUGGCUUCAGCUAAACAGAAAUGAGGCUGUGAAUCUCAAUAGCCACUUGGCCAGAGGGGCAACAAUACGCUGCCUCUGGAUGAUUUUUAUGUAAGGCAAACUACCAAAAAGUGAAGAACUAACCAAUCCUGACCCUUCUGAACUGUCAAUUGUUGCAGAAAACCAAGAAUAAAUUUCUGCUUGUUAUUUUCUGUCUACUUAUGAUUAUAUGACUGAUUUAAGCACCUUGAGGUAGGAACUUUGUCACUGCACAAUCCCUGAAGCUUGGAACACACUAUUGGCACAAUAUAAGCCAUCAGAAAAAAGAUCAAUUAAACAUACUUACGUGUGAUGCCCACAAAACAACAUAUUUGAAAGAGCAUUUAACAAGAAGAAGUUAACAAGAGAGAUCUCUCUUCCUAGCUGAAAGCAAGGGAAUAAACCCUGGAGGUAUUUUUCUGCUUAAAAUCAGGUCUGGCUGAAAUUACAUAAUAUUGGGAAAAAUCAUCUCGUCAUGUCCCAUUAUCACAGAUAAGGCUAGCAAGUGACUGGGCUUUGGCAAUAAUGAGUCCCAGGAGAUGAGCUAUAAUCUUCCGUGCAGUCCUCUAAACUGCUUGAGAAAUAACACAACACUGAUGGUUAGUCAGGGUGGUUUACUUGGGGAUGAUCCUACCUUGACCAGGGGGCUGGAUUAGAUGACCUCAUGAGGUUCCUUCCAGCCCUCCUUUUCUGUGACUGUUGUCAUAUGUCUGGAGUCGUGCAGUAAAUUAUUAUUCAAAAUAAAUUCCACCAGGGCUUGCUUUGGGAUUAUGCAGGGACGGUUGAGAAGUCAAUCUUUUUUUCCUGUGUUACUGGUACAAGCCCCAAGACAGAUGUCCUGUGACCUGCUACCCGACUGUCUUAGCUGGUCAGGGUCUCGGGGAUUGUGGUGCGUAUAGGAUAGGUCUUCUCAGUUGGAUCUGUUUCACAGGAGCUGUUGAGAUGUCCCGUCGGAGCCCUUUUGCCUCCUGGCUUUGUGCUAUGCUCUACUGCUUUGGAAGUUAUAUUCUUGCUGAUCUGUUACUUGGAGAUUCACCUAUUGAUUAUUUCAGCAAUAACUCCAGCGUGCUCCUAGCCACAGCAGUCUGGUAUUUGAUAUUUUACUGCCCCAUGAACCUUUUUUACAAGUGUGUGAGCUUUCUCCCUGUGAAGCUUAUCUUUGUGGCAAUGAAGGAGGUGGUCAGAGUUCGUAAAAUUGCUGUUGGAGUCCACCAUGCUCAUCACCAUUACCAUGAUGGUUGGCUCAUUAUGGUAGCUACUGGAUGGGUCAAAGGUUCUGGCGUUGCCUUGAUGUCUAACUUUGAGCAGCUGCUGCGUGGAGUCUGGAAGCCAGAAACAAAUGAAAUUCUGCAUAUGUCCUUCCCAACGAAAGCUAGUCUGUAUGGAGCAAUCUUCUUCACCCUGCAACAAACUCACUGGCUCCCCAUCUCUAAGGCCAACCUCAUCUUCUUCUUCACCAUGUUUAUGAUUGUUUGCAAAGUGUUCAUGACAGCAACUCAUUCUCAUGCUUCGCCAUUUGCUCCCGUCGAAGACUUCAUCUGUCCAGUUCUCUUUGGCUCUGUUUCCGGUGGGCACGACAAUCACCAUCACGACCAUCGUGGGGGUUCCCAUGAUGCUUCACCUGCGCUCCCUCCUCAGCCUCCUGCAAAAUCUAAGGAGGAGCUGAAUGAAGGCACGAGGAAACGGAAAGUGAAAAAGGCUGAAUAAGAAAAAUCUGUUGUGCACAGUGAACAUGGCAGCAAAGAACGCCUCAGAGCUGUGACCUCACAUAUCUUUCACUUCUUCUCCCUGAUACUCCAGAGGAGAGGGGUGGAAGCCAGGACACUACCACAGAGGUUCCUAAAUUUCAGCUGUGCACUCAGUCCCACUGUUAGCUUCAUGGCCUCUUGUCUCUUUGUCUGAGCCCCUUCUUUAGAGAGGUUUUAUGUUUGUGCCAGGCUGACAUUUGGGCAUAAGUUCCAGUCCCAUCAGCAACCACGAUGCAGCAUGUUCAGUUACUCUAACACCUCUGCCUCCCGCUUGCUCACACACUCAUUGUUCUUUCAAGGGCUAACUUGUAUUCCUACACCUUACAAGUUCCUUCAAGUUUUAACUGACCUGGGCUGCCUACAGGCAGCAAGCAUGUGGAAAUUAGAUUUUUUUUAGCACUGACCGGUUGUCUCUGAAGCUGAGCUCAGGCUUUUCAACUGCUGCAGGUAGGAUGGCUACAAGGUAGCAUGAUGCAAGGCCUCAGACUGAUAUGGCUUGUCCCACGUGCAUUAAAGGACAUCAGCCUUGGUGUCCUGGCCAGAUUCCACUUUGGGUAUUUCAUCCUGCUUGUCCAAAUUCCCCUUACAGUUCUUAAUGUAUAUAACCUUUCUCUUUAGUUUCCUUAUCUUGAUCUAUAUUUGUAACAGUUUCAAUGAUUAAGUGCUACAUACUGCUACAGUUACUGUCCUGAACUGCUGCAUAGUGCCGCUGUGUACUGCUAACGACUCCUGUCCCGCUCCAGAGCUGACUGCAUGUCAUUUGGAAGUGAAGUGAAUCCCCUAUAGCUUGAAGUUUGUUUCUAAUCCUGUGGGAUAUAAGACUUUAUGUAAAUGUAAAGUUAUUUAUUGUUAUUUAUUAUAGCCAGGGCACCAAACUCUUGGGCCUAAAGCUGGUUUUUAAAAGGAGCUGUGAAUUUGUAUUUACACAACUGGGCAGAUUUGAGAAAAGCCCACAGUUCGACACUCAUCCUUGCUGGUGAUUAAAUGUUCAUAGUAUACGAGGAACUGGCCUAAAUUCUCUGUCUGCUGGAAGGAACAUUUCCUUUUCUCUUAAAUUAACAUUUUAAAAGACCAAGGAGAUGGAUUUUAGAUUAACCUGAUCAAAAGUCUGACUGGAGCAUGCCAGCUGAGGAAAUCUGAAAAUUCUUUGCAAAUCCUCAAAAGACAACCUCAUGGCCGUUGUACUGGCCUGUGAGAAGGGCCUUAGUCAAGCAGACAAAUGAAACAGAAGGUAACACAAAAAAUGCCCUUGCUUGGCUAAUUGAGGAUUCAGCCAGUUUUGCCGUGUCCUGCUCACUGAACAGUUGGGGGUUUAAACUGGUUUCAGACUAUACUUAUGCAUUGAGGAUCUUUUUUCUUUUUUUUAAUUGUGGCUUUGGGCACUGUCAUGCAAAGAUCCGCUCGCGUAUCUCAAUCUCCUGCCCAGCCAGGCUGGGGUUGCUGCUGUAGGUAGGGCUGGUGUGUUCUGCCCCAAGUGCCCCUAGGGAGCAUUGUUGGGCUGUCAGUGAGCUACAUCUUGUCCCCCUCACCUGGAGGGUCUGUUGUUGCAACUCUGACCUUGAGGAUAGUGGAAGAGGUAUUUGGAGGCAAGGCAUAAAUCGGAGAGUUUCAGAAAUCCAACUCUUCCCCUGCUCCCAAACUGAACCAAUGUGAUUACUGAAAUAAAUGCAAAUUGGUUGCCCAGCAUGAUUUUGUGAAAAGGGACUGGUAGAUGUAACCUAAACUGAUGUCUGUGUACAACAGGACUAAAGCCAAUAUAGAAGUCAAAUUAAUUGUGCUUCUGGGUUUUGAAAGUGCCUUAACUUUGUUACCUUCCCUCACUUCCUUUGGAAAGUGGAAUAAGCCUGACAGCUUUCUAUUUUAAUGGGCCUUGUUUUACCGAAACCUGCUGUUCCUCCGGCCAGCACCAGGAUAUGUUGAAUAUUCUGUGGAAUGUCUGAUUCAAGGAAAUGUGUUGUUUUAUAACAGGCAUCAACAAAAUAAAAAAUUGUGAAGUGACUCAAGGCGACACUCAGGAGGGA